CCUCCGGGCUUCGCUGACCCGCCGCGCCGGCUGCAGGCGGCGCAAUGCCGAGGAAGAGCUGGCAGGGGCGGUGGGAUCGCGGCGCGCCGUGAGCUUCGGGCUCGGCCCCGGUGCGGGCCGAUGAGCUCGGCGUACCUAGGACGCCCCUCCCCGCCCGCCCUCGGCUCGCCCAGGCAGCUGCGGCCGGACGCCGGAGCCCGAGCACCGCGCAGGGCCAGCCCUGUUCCAGCACGCGCGGGGGCGGCCGCUGCCUCGGCGCCGCCGCUCUGGGGCUAAACGGAGCCGGGCCCGGGCUGCCGCCGCCGCUCCGGCCGCCGCCGCCGCCGCCGCCGCCAUCGCUGCGCGCUCCGCCGCCCCGUCAUGGCCGAGGAGCUCUCCGCGGCCACCCCGUACACCGAGGAUGAUUUCUACUGCCCCGUGUGCCAGGAGGUGCUCAAGACGCCCGUGCGGACCGCGGCCUGUCAGCACGUUUUUUGUAGAAAAUGUUUCCUGACUGCAAUGAGAGAGAGCGGAAUACAUUGUCCCCUCUGUCGUGGAAAUGUGACUAGAAGAGAGAGAGCAUGUCCUGAACGGGCCCUAGACCUUGAAAAUAUCAUGAGGAAGUUUUCUGGUAGCUGCAGAUGCUGUGCAAAACAGAUUAAAUUCUAUCGCAUGAGACAUCAUUACAAAUCUUGUAAGAAGUAUCAAGAUGAAUAUGGUGUUUCUUCUAUUAUUCCAAACUUUAAGAUCUCUCAAGAUUCAGUAGGGAGCAGUAAUAGGAGUGAAACAUCCACAUCUGAUAACACAGAAACUUACCAAGAGAAUACAAGUUCUGGACAUCCAACCUUUAAGUGUCCCUUAUGUCAAGAAUCAAAUUUUACCAGACAGCGUUUACUGGAUCAUUGCAACAGUAAUCACCUAUUUCAGAUAGUUCCUGUGACCUGUCCUAUUUGUGUGUCUCUUCCUUGGGGAGAUCCUAGCCAGAUUACUAGAAAUUUUGUUAGUCAUCUAAAUCAAAGACAUCAAUUUGAUUAUGGAGAAUUUGUGAAUCUUCAGCUCGAUGAGGAAACCCAAUAUCAAACUGCUGUUGAAGAAUCAUUUCAAGUAAACAUCUGAAAAUUGUAGACAUCUCUGCAUCUUUGUUCCUGCAAGUGCCAUCUUAAGGGGAAGACUACAUGAAGUCGUCUUUUGAUAACUUGAUUUGUAUAUUAAUAAAAGUAAUUCACUCUACUGUUUUAGUUUAAUUGAAAAUUAAGUGGAUGCUCUAAAAACAUUCUCUUGAGAGUUAAAAAACAAAAUUAAGAUGUUAUCUUGAAAAUCAUUAAAGGAUUGUAUUUUAUUAAUGUAAUGGUGAAAAGGGAAUUCUUGUACUUUUAUCUUGUUAACAGUACAUUGAAUUUUUCCUUAUUUGCCUUUAAAAUUUGGUGCAAUUUUUUCAUUGACAUAAUUCACAAUAGCCAGUACUGAAAGAUGUAAUUGAUAUAGACCUGACAUCUGAGCCAGUUAAUUAGAAUGACAGAAUGGGGUCUUGAAUGCUAGAGUAAAAGAAUCCAAAGGAAACUUUUAAAACAUAGGUAGUUUGUUUGUAAGCUGGAUGGAGCUGGAUUUUUUUGUCAUCAGAAUUCUCAAUUGCCAGAAUUUCUGAUCAGCUAGGAAAAAACUUUAGAGACUUUUAGUUGGUAAAAUUAUAUUCUAUAUAUAUUUAAAUGAGAGAUUUUGGCUUCAGCUCAUUUUAGACAUUCAUUUGAAUUCAAAGAUGUUUUUAAUAGACUUGUUUGUGUAUAUACACACUCUGUAUGCAUGGAGUUCGUCAGGUCAUGACAAUUUCUACUAAGAUUCUUUUUUUAAUUGAUAAACAAAUGGGAUUGAAUGUUUAUCUGAUCUGAUUAAAGUUUAUAUGUCCCUACAUUUUUAAAAAAGUGAUAUGUAAGUGCUAAGUGGUCUACUUGGCCACUCUUACCCUUAAAAGUUUGGUUUCACACAGACCUGUUUGUAUGGUGCUUAUUUGUUAUUCUCAAAGAUAUGUGUGACUGUGAAGUAGUAGUCGUGAGGCAUUCUAACAGCCACUUUGUUUCUCUGCUUUCAGACUAAACUGGUUCUUAGUAUUCAUUAGUGAGAAUCAUACUGGAAGGCCCAAAUCAUAGAAUUAAAGAGUGGAUUAGCUGACAUUCCAUACUAAUACACAUUGUUUUUGCUUUCUUUAAUAUAACUAAAAGAACAUAAAGGUUAAUCUCAGAAGUAAUUUGCUGCUAAUAUAUUACAUAUAUUGUAUAAAAAGAUAUAUUUUGCUUUUGUUAAAACCCUUGUUGACUUUUCUACAGUGAACAUUUUUAAACUUGAUUUAAUAAAAAAAAAGUUAAUUUUGGAAGUGGAGUUUUGUAAAAACCUUUUUGCAGUCAAACAGUAAUGACUUUAUUUAUGGGUAAUAACAAUCACCAAAAAAGCCAUACAUCUUAAUGAGCAUAUGUCUUUGUUUUGUCAUGAGUGAUUAGUUUACUCUGUGCUUAAACUGUCCUCUGCGGUUACUUAAGUCUAAUUGUAAGAGUAUCUAUUUAAUGAACUCUUUAAGACAUCACCAUGCAGUUUUCCAGUUGAAAAAAAGCAAUAACUUUAGUACUUUUAAUACUCCAAGUAUGUCUUCACGUUUAACACUUCAAGUAUUCUAGAAAGUUAAACCAUUCUAGAAUUUCAGAGCUACUUUGAGGUAUACUCUAUCACCUUGUGUUUUGAAGUUCUGUAGAUUUUUUACAUAUUAUUAGUCUUGUGUCUUUUAAAAUAAGCUUUCUUAAUGAGAAACAAUUUUAUUUGCUAUUUGGAAACUCCUGAGAAUGGAAAUGUUUGGUUUUGCUUUUCAGUUUGUUUUGUUUUGGGCCACACUUAGUGGUGCUCGGGAGUGACUCCUGCUCUUUACUCAGGAAUUAGCUCCUAGUGAUGCUUGUGGGAUAAAUGGGGUGCCAGGGAUCUAACCCAUGUUGGUGGCGCCAAUGCAGACUUUCUACCAGUUGUACUCUCUCCAGCCCUGGAAAUGUUUCUUAAAGUUUUCCCUCCUUCUGCCAGUGAUUAGGAAUAGGUAGAGAAAGGCUUUCUGUAUUUAUAAUUUAAAUUUACAAGAAAAGGCACCUUUACAUCCCUCCUCCCCCCCUCCCCUCCCUUAUUUUAUUAUUAUUACUUCUUUUGUGUGGAUUUUUUUGAGCCACACCCAGCAAUGCUCAGGGGAUAAUCCUGCCUCUGCACUUACGCAUCACUCCUGGCAGAACUCAUAUAUGAGAUGCUGGGGAUCGAACCUAGGUCUGCUGUGUGCAGGUAUCGUACCUGCUAUACUGUCACUUCAGUCCAAAAGCCCUUAUUUUAAAAAAUGCUUACAGCUGAGUGAUGAAGGGAGGGAAAUGAUUAAUAAUCUGACAGCUACAUCUCACCAUGCCACUAGGGCUAUUUCCCUUAGUAGACUACAUUUUAUGUUGUGCAGUCCUACUUGAGGUGUAUUGCUUUAUUUUUUUCAUUAAAGGUGUUUUUUUUUUUCCACUUGUCUAUAAAUAAAAAAAUUUGUUUAAAUGCAAAUAUGUUAACCAUUUAAUUCAGCAACACACUGAAAUAUACACAGGAGAGAAACCAUUAUUUUUCGCUUGGAUGGGAAAAAGCCAGUAUUAUGUGUUGACACACUGUAUUGGAUUUAACUGUAUAAAUCUAUACUGUAUCUCAAACGUUGUGAUCCAUUUAAAGUUUAUUUUGUCAAGUGUUUAUAAUAGCACUCUUUUCAGUGUUAGCAACUAGACCGCUAAUUGGUAAGUGAUUUUAUUGUUCUAUAGUGUGGAGUAUUGAAUUCAGGGCCUCAGGUAGUGGAUGGCAAAUGCUUUACCGUUAGGCUACAUUCCUGACUUCUAAUAAACACUAAAAUUGAGAAAUUUACUCAUAAGAUAUCACUGUUACCAAGUACAGUGUCAUACCUGUUGGGUUGUUUUGUAAGUAUUAACAGCAAUCUUGAAUAAAUCUUAGCUUUUCUAGAAAACUCUUAGGAUUGCUAUAGAAAUAAAUUCCUGUGGAGGUGGUGACAUUUUAGCCUUUGUAGGAAAGUUGUGACCCAGGAAACAUGUAAAUACAUACAGUUUAAAACAGGACUAUGAAUAAAGCAUUCUAUGAUACCA